UAAAGGCAGCGCAGGGCGGGGGCGCGCGCCCCAGAGACGAGAACUGUCGUUGUUGAGCUUGCGGGCGGCUGCGGCGCCGCCUGCCUGGCAUCUCUGAGUGCAGCGGAACCCACGGCACAGCCGACAUGGAGGUCGAGCCCGAACCCGUCACGCUGCUGGUGAAGAGCCCCAACCAGCGCCACCGCGACUUGGAGCUGAGCGGCGACCGCAGCUGGAGCGUGGGCCACCUCAAGGCCCACCUGAGCCGCGUCUACCCCGAGCGCCCGCGUCCAGAGGACCAGAGGUUAAUUUACUCUGGGAAGCUGCUGUUGGAUAACCAGUGCCUCAGGGACCUGCUUCCAAAGCAGGAAGCCCGGCACGUCCUGCAUCUGGUGUGCAAAGUGAAGAGUCCUUCGAAAACACCGGAGACCAGCGCAGGGGUGGCUGAAUCCGCAGAGCAGCCCGCUGGUCCUCAUCAGGGACAGCACCCUGGGGACGCCUCCGGUGAAGGGUUAAGGCCGAGGGAGGCUCCUCGGCACCUUCCUCCCUCCGGAUGGGAGAACAUCUCCAGGCCGGAAGCUGCCCAGCUGGCAUUCCAAGGCCUGGGGCCCGGUUUCUCGGGCUACGCGACCUACGGGUGGCUCCAGCUCUCCUGGUUCCAGCAGGUGUACGCCCGGCAGUACUACAUGCAGUAUUUAGCGGCCACUGCUGCAUCGAGGACUUUUGUUCCCUCACCAAGUGCACAAGAGAUACCCGUGGUCCCCGCACCUGCUCCGGCCCCUAUUCACAACCAGUUUCCGGCAGAAAACCAGCCAGCCAAUCAGAAUCCUGCUCCAGUGGUGGUUAAUCCUGGGGCCAAUCAGAACCUACGGAUGAAUGCCCAGGGCGGCCCCCUCGUGGAAGAAGAUGAUGAGAUCAACCGCGACUGGUUGGACUGGACCUACUCAGCAGCCACGUUUUCCGUCUUCCUCAGCAUCCUCUACUUCUACUCCUCCCUGAGCAGAUUCCUCAUGGUCAUGGGAGCCACUGUGGUUAUGUACCUGCAUCAUGUCGGCUGGUUUCCGUUUAGACAGAGGCUGGCCCAGAACUUCCCAAAUGAGGGGCCCCUUCAGGAAGCUGCCCGCCAGGACCCCAACAAUAACUUACAGGAAGGGCCCGAUCCUGAACGUGAAGACCCCAACCACCUCCUGCCAGACAGGGACGUACCGGGUGGCCAGCAGACCAGCCCGUCGUUUAUGAGCACAGCAUGGCUCGUCUUCAAGACUUUCUUUGCCUCUCUCCUUCCGGAAGGCCCACCGGCCAUAGCAAACUGAUGCUGUUUGCUCUCAGGCUACCGGAGGCUUGGACACACAGGGGCGGGGUCGCUGGACUCCAGCCAGACUUCCUCACCUGGACGUGGCAGGGGCGUGGGAUCGGGAAAACAGUCAACAGGAGGACGCUGUGCUUUUGUGCUGAGCAAAAGCAGGAGAGACGUGAAGCCAUGAUACAAAUUGCUGAACAAAACCGUGCCGCGGCUUCUCAUGUCUUUAUUUUGAAGAGCUUUCAUACAUACUGUGCGUAGUUUCGUAGGCGUUGUACAUAGGGGGCGUUCGUGUCGCAUGCGUGUGCCUGAGGGCCUGUCCGCACGUGCGUGUCUGCGUGUGCGUCUGUGCGUAGACGUCGUAGAGGCAGACGCGGCUCUGCUGGGACGAUUCGAUUCCUGUUGGAAUGUUCAAAUUACACUAAGUGUACUACUUUAUAUAAUCAAUGAAAUUGCUAGACAUGUUUUAGCAGGACUUUUCUAGGAAAGACUUCUGUAUAACUGCUUUUUAAAAUGCACUGCUUUACUUUAAACCAAGGGGGACUUGGCAGAGGUGGACGCCUCUGCUGGGGUUUUUGUUCAAUAAAGUUUUACUAUGAAUGA